AUUUAGAGUUUAUUCCGGAAUAUCUCAAUUGUGAUAAUUUGAUGUAGAAUUUUCUACAACUUUCUAAACUAUUUAAAUUUACCUGAGUCAUUUUAUGUCUAAAAAAGAAGUAUAUAAGUAAAUCACAUCAAUAUACGUUCCGUGAACUUGCUUAUAUUUGAUGUUUUCUUACAGUAGUACGAAAUUUUAGACUGUUAGAACUUAGAGACUCACUCAGACUGGUAUUUUUAUUUACAUUUGAUAUCUAUUUAUCAGUUUACCGACGUAGAAAUUAUUGACGAAUAACUUUUUUAAAAUGGCUAGCGGUGGUGGAAAUGAUCAGAGAAAUCCAAAAGAUAUGAAAGCAUUGUUGAAAUUCUGUCUGGAAGCAACUAAGGAUGAGGAUGCAAAAGCAGAGGAAUUUGCUCCAAUGGAUGAAGAGAGAAAGAAAUGGUUAGAUCAAGCAUUGGUUGGCAUGUCUGUUAGUCCAGUACAAAGAAUGAAGACCUGUAUUGAAUGUUUGAAAAACCAUCAAAGCAGUGAGGAAGAGAGAAUACAAGCUAUGGAGGAACUGAUUGAAUGGGGUGAAAAUAUGGAUUAUGCCAUAGAUUUUCAUAAGAUUGGUGGUUUUGACCUAUUCCCAAAGUUAUUAUCAGAUGAAGAAGCAGAAAUAAGAUGGCAGACAUUGGAACUGGUUGCCUGUUUGGUACAGAAUAAUCCAUAUUGUCAAAAUGCAGUUUUACAGAGUAAAAUGUUACCAGUACUCCUAGAAUUGUUAGAUAAAGAUGACAAUUCUACAGUUAAAGUUAAAGCAUUAUAUGCUGUUUCAUGUUUAACAAGAGACUGCCAAGAAGCCCAGAAGGUAUUCACAGAUAAUGAUGGUUUCUCUGUGCUAAUGAGAGCUAUGCAACAAGAUGUAGAAAAGUUAAAAAUUAAAGCUGCUUUUAUGUUAUCUGCACUCUGUAAUAACACACCUGAAUAUAAAGAUAUUUUAUGUGAUAUAGGUAUGAUUGAUCAGUUAGUAGGACAUUUAAACGAAGAGCAUAGUAAUUUUCAUGAACAUGUGAUGUCAGCCAUGUUAGCCAUUGUAAGUGAUCAUCCAAGAUCUCUUGAAGAAUGUCAAAGAUCAGAAUUAGAUUUACACAGUGUUUUACAACAGAGAAUAAAGUUCCUGACAGGCAAAGAUCAGUUUACAGAGGAGAAAUCUUAUGCAGAAGAAAUACUGAAGCUGAUAUCAUGUGAAGAUAGUUUAGGAGAAGCUAACAGAUGAUUUUAUAAUAUUGUUUGGUGAAAAAAGUUUCUUGGCCAAAUCCAAAGUUAAGCAGAAGCAUGGAGGAUGGUUAUAAAUUGUCAGCUGGCUUCUGAAAAUAGACAUGAAGAUACAAAAUGUAACUUUGUACUGCUUCAUUUAUUUUGCUACAUCAGUGUUUUUUAUCAGGAACUUAAUACAUGGCAUUAAUUUACAUAUGCGUUGUUUAUGACAAACUAAAUACAUAGUUAAAAUUAUUUUGCUAUAUAAUCUGAACAGACAAUUUUUUUGUUGAAGUCAUCAAUGUCAUUUGAUCAAGCCUACUGAAUAAAUUUUACCUAAAUGUU